AUGAGUGACUCCGGUGCUGCCUCAGUUGUAGGAGUGGAAGCCGAGGACAUAACCGCAAUAUGUACUGGUUUAAUCCAGUUGGUACAGUGUAGCAGCUGCUCUAAGCCACUCAAGGCACCCGUAGGGCUGCCAUGUGGAUGCACAAUUUGCCGGCCAUGCAUACCACAGACACACCCUAGAACCAAUAUCACAUACCCUGGAACUGAGGAUCGUAGCCAGGGCUUUUUCUGCCCUUCGGCGUGCACUAAAUCUCCGAAAUCUGGCCGAGAUUUUAUACCUGAGCAUUGUUUGGCAGACUGCAACCGAGACGUCACCCUCGGCAAGGUUGUAGAUAUAAUUGAAAAUUAUGCAACCGUCUACUCCUCUAGCAGGGAUCCGGGUCAUGAUAUUCCUAUUAAGGUCCAUAUAUCUAACCAGCAGACCAGCCCAGAGGAAUCAAGUCAAGAAUUCUGGAUUAAAGGCAGCUGCCUAGUUGGAACAUACAAACUCAUGGCCAAGGGGCUUAUUCCAGUUGCUUCUACUGUAAAGUGCACAUUCAAUGAUCAAGACCAGGAAAACUCGAUGGACCUCGAUGCGAAAAUUCUAAGGGAAAUAAGAUUGGCUGUGACAAAGGAGCUCGACUGUCAAGUGUGUUACUCUUUAAUGACUGACCCAUACACAACUGUUUGUGGUCACACAUUUUGCAGAUCAUGCGUGACUCAGAUGUUAGAUAUCUCGAAUCUCUGCCCCGUGUGCCGGAGAAACUUACCGAUGAUACUACCAGACGAUCCUGGAAACGGGGCAUUGAACGCUUUUAGUUAUUUCAUAUUCCCGGAGCGAAGGCUAUCUAGACUAAGAGAUGUGCCAGUUGAACAGCCGGGUGCAUCCAAAAUCGACGAAUUACCUCUAUUUGUAUGCACGGUUUCUUUUCCAUCUAUGCCCACCUAUCUGCACGUUUUUGAACCUCGUUACCGGCGAAUGAUCCUACGAGUUGUUGAGAACGGGACCCGUCGAUUUGGCUCGGUUAUGCUCAACCAAACCGGUGAGCGUACCGGACAAUCUGAACCUUGUGUGCAUGCUCGAUAUGGAACGUUACUUGAAAUUGAUCGGCUAGAAUCACUACCUGGAGGCAGGAUUCUGAUACGUGCUACUGGCCGGUACAGAUUCCGUGUUCUUUCUUGCAGAGACUAUGAUGGUUGCAAGAUUGGACACGUACAGCGCAUAGACGAUAUCCGAAUCCCAUUCGAGGAGAUGAUCGAAGCGGAAGAAUUAUCAGCCCCUAAAGAGGGCCAACAUCCAAAAUGCCUGAAUCUUCUGUCUACGCAGGAGCUGUUUCAAAUCUGUACUAAGUUUGUGACAAAAUCCCGUUCCAGUAGUUCGUCCUGGCUUAAUGAACGGCUUCUUUCUGGAUAUGGUGAACCACCAACGGACCCAGCUAUAUUCCCUUACUGGUUUGGAACUGUGCUUCCAAUAGCUUCAAGUGAGAAAUACAGUCUGCUAUCGGUGACAACAGUCCGUGGCAGGCUAAAAAUAUGUGCCGAUUGGGUACGACAGAUAGAAAGAGACAAGACAGUAUUACGAACUGGCACCAGAAGUGGCUUCCCUAUAUCAGCUCUUGUUCCAUUCAUGUUCAUGUUUUGCAUAUGGUUCCUACCGACUCUCAUCUCUGCGAUAUUGGCAAUCUUUGGCUUCUCAACACCAGAGGAAAAUACCAACAUUACUGCUACUGCCACCGCCACUGCCACUGCACGUCCAUCCCCCUUUACUUAUUCAUUUUCCGUUUUCCUAUUUGAUGUCUCAUUCACAUAUUAUCCAUCAGGCUCUUCAUCACCUCGGAACAUACAGGAUACCCCUGGCUUCGUAUACUCUGGCUUCAGAAUAUCACAAUACUUUUCCGUAAAUUUGCUCCUUGGAGGAUUUUUGAUCAUUUGCGUGGCGAGGAUUUUACGCCAUUUUAUUGAGGCGAUUCACCAUAAUCAACGAGCUACAAGGCGUAUUGCCCCUGGGGGCCUUACCGCAUCAAACCCUAGCGAAAACCAUGGCGAUUCUAACCAUGCUACAGAACAGAGCAAUGCAAAUAAUGGAACCAGCGCGAAUGGCCCUCAAAACUCGGACAUUACAAACCCAGUCGAACCUGAUGAAUAA